AUGCCAGCUGAAGAUCCAGCAGGGACAUGGUCACUGCUACAGACAGUACCUAGCCACUCCAGGAUUUUUGUCAAUUGAAGCCUGGCACUCGGAAAGAUUCUUUGCUUUGGCUUUGUGGAUCACACUCUGGCAGCCUACCAGUCCUUGGCUUAUGAGGCACUGGCUUUUGAGUUGCUGCUGGAGUGCCUGGUGUGCACCGGGUACCUGCUUGAGAGCCUGUGCUACAGCUACAACCCCACCUUCCUCACGAGAUGUGGCCUUGGAAGGAAUGGGAAGGGGCUGGUAUUUGAUGCACUCUAUGGGAAUCUAAAGGUAGAACAUGGGAAUGUGCUGCUGGGUGCCCACAACUUCACUUUCCUCUCUGAGAUAGAGAUCUGGAGCUUCUACCCCAGCAAGUUCAUUCAGAGGGAUGACAUGCAGUGGUUCCACAUCCUCAGCAUUCUCUUCAACCUGCUUUGUGACGGCAGCCACCUCUCUGUCCCAGAAACCUACCUCUAUGCCUGCCUGGUGGACUUUUUCUCCAGCUGCUGCUGAUAUACCAACUGUGAUACUGGCUAUCAGCAUGGCAACCUCUUCAUGUCCUUCCAAAGUCUCUUCCAGGAUGUGAAUGAAGCCAUGAAUAAUAUCCAUCUGUUGGGCUGUCUCAAGGAGAAGACCCUGCAGGACUUGGGGAAAUAGGUGGACAAGGAUGCAUGAAUCUCUAUCCUGCUGGGCAAGAUGUAGGAGGCUGGGAAGGUGUUGGCCACCAAUAGCAGCUACAACUACACUAAUGCCAUCGUGACCUACCUGUUUGCUGCUAGUGAGGCUGAAGCCUCAGCCAGACCCUGGAGGUCCUACUUUGACCUGAUUGUGGUGGACACGCAGAAGCCCUGCUUCUUUGCGGAGGAGACAGUCCUGAGACAGGUCAACAUGAACUUGGGGAUGCUCCACAAGGGCACUUACACCGGGCCCCACCAGCACUGUGCUGUCUACUCUGGCGGCUCCUCAGACGUGGUGUGUGAGCUGCUUGGUGUGAGGGGAAAAGAUAUCCUGUACAUCGGGGACUACAUCUUUGGGGACCCUAUCAAGUCCAAGAAGUGGCAGGGCUGGCAGACUUGCCUGGUAGUUCCUGAACUCUGCCCCAGGGAGCUGGGUAUCUGGGCCCGGGGAAAAGGUCCCCUCUGUCUUUCAGAAUGGUCAAAGCAGCUGAAGAGUCUGGACACUCACCUGGCAGAUCUGUACCAGCACAUGGAUGGCAGCAGUUAUGGGCUACAAGCCAUCCACUCCUCCAAGAAGGAGAUUCAGGUAGGAGAGCAGGGGAGGAGGGCCGCGCGUGUCCUCUCCCAUCCCUGCUUGGAUCCCCUUUGUUUCAAGUCCCAGGAGUCCAGCUCCGAUCCACUCCGAGCUCGCCAAACUCCAUCCGACCUUGUCCUCCGGCGCCCUCUGCUGGUCGGUAUUCCCGCAGCACCGGCAGGCUGCCUGGGGGCUGGGUGA